AUGAGGGGUUUGCGAAGCCUUGAGGUAUGGAAACUGGGAGUUGUCAACUAUUUGGAUGCAUUGAAACUGCAGGAAAAACUGGCCUUGGAUAGAAAGCUUCAUAGGAGAUGUGACACUCUUCUGUCUUUGCAACACCCCCCUACAUACACUGUUGGCAAAAGGCAAACUGUUCACAAUUUGCUAAUCCCCCAGUCGGAGCUGGAAAAAAUUGGAGCAGAACUUCACUACACACAAAGGGGAGGAGACAUUACAUUUCAUGGUCCCCACCAAGCCAUUUUGUAUCCUAUCAUAUCUCUUCGCGACGUUGGGCUUGGUGCUCGGAGUUUUGUGGAGAAAAUUGAGUCAACCAUGAUUGAACUGGCUGCUAUGUAUGGUGUGAAAGCUUGUUCUGGACAGUGUGGUGAGACUGGGGUAUGGGUUGGAGACAAGAAGAUAGGUGCUAUUGGCGUUCGGAUAUCGAGUGGAAUCACUUCUCAUGGGAUGGCAUUUAACAUUGAUCCUAAUUUAAGCUACUUUAGGCACAUCGUUCCCUGUGGAAUUCCUGAUAAAGAAGUAACAUCUUUGAGAAGGGAGACAAAUCUUGUCCUUCCUGAGGAAGAAAUAUUACAGAAACAGUUGAUUUCAUGUUUUGCAAGAAUCUUUGGUUAUAGUAACUUGAUCUGGAAGGAGGAUGCUUCAGUAAAUUUUGAUAAAGAAACUGAAUAA